GCAGAAGUUCCAUCCCUAACCGGCUGUUUCGUGUUUUUGAUAUUUCAUAAUAUAAUAUUAAGAAAAAAACGACGCAAUGCAGGGCACAAGGAGCACCCGCCUGCUGUCCCUGGCCAGGAGGUUCGUCCACAUCCGGACGGCGGCGCAAUCAGCCCGAACAACCACAGGAUCAGGGGCGGAGAGGACUAAAGGUGCGGAAUCCACGGCCGGAGCGGAGCAAACCACGCAUUUCGGCUUCCAAACGGUCAGGGAAAGCGAAAAGGAGCAAAAGGUGCACGAGGUCUUCGAACAGGUGGCCAACUCAUAUGACAUGAUGAACGACGCCAUGUCCCUGGGCAUCCAUCGCGUGUGGAAGGAUGUGUUCGUGGAGCGACUGGGUCCGCAGCAUGGGAUGCGCCUCCUGGACAUGGCCGGCGGCACCGGGGACAUCGCCUUCCGCUACCUGCGCUACCUGGCCAACCAGCCCAAUCCCCAGCAGCGCCCCAGCCAUGUCACCGUCUCGGACAUCAACCAGCACAUGCUGGACGUCGGCGAGGAGCGGGCCAAGCGGCUGGGCCUCACCACCGACCGGCUGCCCAACUCCUCCGUCGCCUGGCAGUGCGCCGAUGCCGAGAAGCUGCCCUUCCAGGACGACAGCUUCAGCGCCUACACCAUCGCCUUCGGAAUCAGGAACUGCACGCAUGUGGACAAGGUUCUUGCCGAGGCGUAUCGAGUGCUGCAGCCGGGCGGACGCUUCAUGUGCCUGGAGUUCAGCCACCUGACCAACGAGACGAUGCAGUGGCUGUACGACCAGUACUCCUUCCAGGUGAUCCCGCCGAUGGGCCAGCUGCUGGCCGGCCAGUGGCAGGCGUACCAGUACCUGGUGGAGAGCAUCCGGCGGUUCCCCAAGCAGGAGCACUUCAAGCGGAUGAUCGAGCAGGCGGGCUUCGACCAGGUGUCCUACGAGAACCUCACCUUUGGCGUCGUCAGCAUUCACUCCGGCUUCAAGCUGUGAGACGGGAUUGGAUUGCCUUGCCCUCUGUUGUAAGCGAUUUAGGAACACCUCCUCCCCUUGUCUUUUCACCAUUUCCCAUGCUGCGCACGUCGAGCAGCAGGUCAUAAAGCAUCGAAUUGAACAAGCUAC